AUGAGUGAUAGCUGGUGGGAUAAAGUGGACUACAUUCUUGCCUUCACUGGACCCAUUUAUGAGAUGAUAAGGGCUUGUGAUACCGAUAAGCCAAGUCUACAUUUGGUAUAUGAGAUGUGGGACUCUAUGCUUGAAAAGGUGAAAAUUGUGAUUUAUACUCAUGAAGGAUUAACAGAUGAUGAUGAUGAUGAUUACUCCGAGUUUUUUGAAGUAGUUCAUCGCAUUAUUGUAGCUCGUUGGACAAAAAGCAACACUCCUCUUAAUUGCUUAGCUCACUCAUUAAAUCCUAGGUUUUAUAGUGAGGCAUGGCUUGAAGAAAAUCCAAAUAGAGUACCUCCGCAUAGAGACACAGAAAUAUCUGAAGGAAGAGUAAGUUGUUUUAGAAGACUAUUUCCUGACAAUGCUGAUUUUGCCCGAGCUAUGGAUGAAUAUACCAUGUUCUCAUACAAGUCUGGAGUAUACAGGGGUGGAGAAAACUUAUAUACUAGGGGUACCAUGGAUCCUAUGUCAUGGUGGGUUAACUUUGGUUCAUCUACUAGUUUGCUUCAAGCUUUGGCCUUCAGAUAUCUUGGACAACCUACUUCAUCUUCAUGUUGUGAACGUAAUUGGAGCAUAUAUUCUUUUAUUCACUCACUUAGGAGAAAUAGGUUGAAUCCAAAACGAGCUGAAAAUUUGGUGAAGAUUCACACUAAUCUGCGUCUUCUAUCAAGGAACACAAAUGAAUACACAGCUGGGAAGACAAAAUUGUGGGAUGUAGGUGGUGAUCAAUUUGAUGUCAUGGAUGAUGGGAACGAUGAAAACGCCUUUCUAGAGUUUGCCGACCUUUCUCUUGAUGAACCGGAUCUUGAAUCUGUAUUUUUUCCUUAG